UCUCUCUCUCUCUCUCAAUCUGAGACACGUGCGAAUGCAGACCAGUGUGAUUUUUACUUUUAAAAUUUUGUUUUGUCUUUAUUUUUAAACAACAGCAACACCAUGACGCCAGUUGUCAUCAUUGUUCUCCUUUUGUCUGUUACGGCCGUUUCUCCGGUCCCAAUAAGUGAAAACAACAGACAGAAAAGAGAAGUCACAUCCACUUUUGCGAAAAUUGUAAAGGCAAAUGAAAAUGUCUCACCCUCCCGCCUAAGACAUGGGGAUAUUCUGGUUCACACUAGCGUUGAAGACGGUAUUGCAAGGAAUGCUGUUCCUUGCACCAGCGCAGGCUGUAAAUGGCCCAAAAUUGGAAACACAGUAACAGUACCCUAUGAAAUCUCCAAGGCAUUUACAAGAAGACAGAGGCAAACGAUAAUAGAAGCCCUGAAAGAGUUCGAAAGAGGAGAUCGCAUGACCUGCAUUCGCUUUGUCAAGAAGACUAAAAAAGAUGUGAACUAUAUAUCCUUCAUCUCUGGCACUGGGUGUUGGUCCUACCUUGGUCGUCAAGGAAAUGCACAGCAAAUCUCCUUGCAGAAAAACGGUUGUGUGUUCAAAGACAUUGUGCAACAUGAGGCUCUCCAUGCACUCGGAUUCCACCAUGAGCAUGUCCGCUCUGACAGAGACGAACACGUCAUCAUUAAUUUUGAGAACAUCAUAUCAGGAUUUGAAAGCAACUUUGAGAUUGUGCAAACAAACAACUUGGGUACAUCCUAUGAUUUUCAAUCCGUGAUGCAUUACGGCGAAUUUGACUUCUCCAAAAAUGGCCAACCAACCAUUACUGCCAUAGAUAGUGCUGUCACUACAUUUGGCACUGCGACAGAGAUGAGUGCCAAUGACUAUGAGCGUGUCAACAGACUUUAUGACUGCUGUGAGUGAGCAUUUUGUCUGAUACCUUCGGAUACAAUAUUUGCUAUUAAACAACCAAAAUACAAAGA